AUGAAGGACUUGGGUUCACUCAUUUACUUUUUUAGCCUUGAAGUAUCGUUGAGCUCUGCUAGUUAUUCGUUGUCUCAAGUAAAGUAUGCCUCAGAUCUUUUGGUGCACUCCAGUAUUACUAACUCUGCUACAGUUCCAACACCACUCGAUCCCAAUGUUCGCUUGACUAUAUUUGAUGGAAAUCCACUUGAGGAUGUCAGUCUCUAUCGUCAGCUUGUUGGCAGUCUUAUAUAUCUGAUAGUCACUCAUCCUGACAUUGCAUAUACUAUUCACAUUGUUAGUCAGCUUAUGGUUGCCCUUCAGACCAUUCAUUUUACUAAUGUUCUUCGUAUCCUUCGUUAUGUCAAAGGCUAUUCUGAUGCUGAUUGGGCUGGUGAUCCUACUAAUCGACGUUCUACCUCUGGUUAUUGUUUCUACCUCGAUGAUUCUCUCAUUUCUUGGUGCAUUAAGAAACAGAGUGUUGUUUCCUGUUCUAGUAUGGAGUCUGAAUAUCGUGCUCUAGUUGAUGCUAUGUUAGAACUUUUGUGGCUUCGUUGGCUUAUUGCUGAUAUGGGAGUCCCUCAAUCGCUUGCCACUAAACUUGACAAUCGUAAUGCCACCUAG